GCGUUCUGCUACAGAGGGCGUCUCCCACUAAUGUAAGGAAGCUUGGAAAAAGCACCACAACUCAUACAAGAAAAGAUCUGGAGGGUGAGAGUAGCUAUCUUAUGGAAAAGGUGACACUUUUAUAUUAGCAGUAGACUAGCAUGUUGAAAUCUUGCCAGGGUAGUCAUUACAGGUAUGCACUAAAAUCACGAGGACUUGUAUUCCAUUUCAGUUUUGCAAUUAAUUCGGGGCCAGGCAGUGUCUGGUGAUGUUUGCGAGACAGCAAGGUUCAAAUUAGAACAUGACGCAUGAGCUGUGAAGUAGAGGGAAAUACUGAUGAAAGCUUUCAGGCUUAAGGCACACACACUGACUAGGAAGUAAAGUAAAUGAUACCAGUCUUACCUGACCACAUAAACUGAUGCUGGGAUUUUAUGUAAGCUCUGUAUGAAAAAUGCAUUAACUGUGUAUGGACACAGCUUCAGUAUGACUUUUUUGGUCAUUUGCCAGAGUUAGCUUCGCUCUCCUGGUUUCAUACUAUUCACAGCUGUAGAUCAUUUCACUUCCUGAUUGCAACAGGAGUCAUUUUAGCCGUGUGUUAGAAACUAUUUUAUAUUGCUUGUCUCCAGCUGUAGGUUAAUGCUGUGGGGUAAUAAAUGUCAGCAUUGGCAAGUCAUUCUGAUUGUUGCCUAUGUGCAAUGAAUGUAAAACAAAUGAGUCUAACUAGGGAAGCCUGAUAAUACUCCUUUUCUUUCAAGUUUUUCCCAUGUUUCCAGCUGAAGGAUGGUAAUGCAUAGAAAAGACAGAUAAAAUGUGAAGUGCAUUGGGUGAUUCCUGUGUAUCCAAAUGGGGAUUUAACACUCUAAAAACAGCUAAACCCCAAAUGUCCUUGUUUCUUUCUUCACGUAAGUGGUGAAAAUUAGGUUUCUAAAAAUUACAUUGUCUCAGCCUAGCAGCAAAGAUGUGUUGUGUAAUAGCUAAAAUUCUUGAUAAUGCGGAGUCAUUAUACUUUUUAUAAAUGAACUGUCCUUCAAAUAGAUCUAAUUCAGCAAUGACCUAUUCCCAGGCAAGUUAUCUGGUGAAGAUUCCCAGAGCUGUGAUGGCCAGUCACCCAGCAGAAGUUCAGAGUUUGAAGCUAGAUAAUGAUUCAGUUAUAGAAGGAGUAAGUGACCAGGUACUGGUGGCUGUUGUGCUCAGUUUCACUUUCAUUGCUGCUCUGGUAUAUACACUUUUAAGAAAUGAACACCAGAACAUACACCCAGAAAAUCAAGAGCUAGUGCGAGCUCUUCGUCAGCAGCUUCAAACUGAGCAGCAGGAUGCUUCUGCUGGUGAUAGACAUCGUUUCUAUACAGAUAUGUCCUGUCCAGUCUGUUUGCAACAGGCUACAUUUCCUAUAGAAACAAACUGUGGACAUCUCUUCUGUGGUUCCUGCAUUAUAGCCUACUGGAGGUAUGGCUCAUGGCUUGGUGCCAUCCGUUGUCCAAUCUGCAGACAAACGGUAACAUUGUUUUUACCACUUUUUGGUGAAGAUCAGCAGGAUGCCACCCAAGUAUUACAAGAUGUUAAUGAUUACAAUCGGAGAUUCUCGGGACAGCCCAGAUCUAUUAUGGAAAGAAUUAUGGAUCUGCCCACUUUAUUGCGGCAUGCUUUCAGAGAGAUGUUUUCUGUUGGGGGCCUCUUCUGGAUGUUUCGCAUCAGAAUAUUCCUCUGCUUGCUUGGAGCCUUGCUCUACCUGGUUUCACCUCUGGAUUUUCUUCCUGAAGCCCUCUUUGGAAUUCUGGGGUUCUUGGAUGAUUUCUUUGUCAUUUUUCUUCUGCUGAUAUAUAUCUCUAUCAUGUACCGAGAAGUGAUAACACAGCGGCUGAAUAGGUGAAAUGGACAAAAAUGACCCAAAUGCAGAGGCAAUGUGGAAUGUUUUAAAAAGAGAACUACAACAUAAACAUGAUAUAUCAAAACGCCUGUGUACAGUUUCAGUAGUUACAAUUUCAUAGCUGGUCAUCUUAUACAAAUUUGAAGGGUUAGUAUGUGGUGAUGCUUAACUGGAAUCUUUAAUUUGUGUAUUACAUAUGCUUCAUAAGGAUGAGGUUCUUCCAUCUGAUAAACAGCUGUAUGUAAUCAAAGCACAAAACACCUUUUCUGGUGUGUGGUUUUUGAAAAAGGAGUUCUAACAAAAAAUCUGUUUGGGUAAUCUAGACGUGUAAAGAAAUUCAGAAAUUCUUCACAGUAUGGUUAUCACAGCGAAAUUGUUUAAUGUCUCCCUGUUGUGGGCUAGAGUUUUUUAAAAUAAAAGUAGCUGUGUGUGUCUCUGUGGAAGAAGAAGCCCAAGGACUGUAUUACAAUUAUCACCGUACAGUUUGCUGUUGUCCAUGUGCUUCACAAAAACAAGGAGAACACCUCAGUAUUGCUUGAACUGCACUAUGUACGGUUGCAUGCAAUUCGUACAAUUUUAUUUUUAUAUUUGGCAAUAUACACACAGUAUCUGAUCUAUAUAGAGAAACCAAUAUUAUGCACACCAGACUGGUGAGUGCUCUAUUUUUAAACAGAAGCAUGGUUUUUCUCUUCAGGCGUGUUUAUUUGGUAGAUAGGUAUCUUUGAAGCAAAGGUUUUAUGCUGCUUUGGGUCAAUGCAAUGUAUCUGAAGUGAGAGUUUGCAUUCCUUUAGUUGCAUUAAAGCAUUUAGCCAGUGGAGAGAACCCUCACGUUUUAGAUCGUGGUUGAAGAAAAGAAGUGAGAACUGGAUGUUUACACUACAGGACUUUACCUGAAUGUACAUUCUGCAAUACAAGUAUUAAACAACUUAGAUAUUGGGGCGUUUGAUUUUCAGUUGGGGUUUUCUUGUUUGGUUGGUUGGUUGAUUUGGAUGUGAGUAGAGGGGGGGUUACCUUGAAUAAGAUGUGUGAUAAGGGACCACAAAACAAUCCUGGAAAUGUUUUGAAAAAUACCAGGGUAUUGGUUAUCCUUAAAGUUGUUUGGGUGUUUUUUAAAGUUGAAUUUGGAUAUAGGGUAUCAUAGCUACAGAAGUAAUUUGAAAAUAUUUUCAUUUUAAGAAAUUAAUGCCACUAGAAAGGUCAAGGAUAUUUGAGAUCUAUGUACUUUUUAGCUGGAGGAAUGGUAACUGCCGUUUUAUUUUAACUUCCUGAGUACUUGAAAGACAGUGAUUAGACAGGUGAUUCUUUGUGUGUUUACAUAUAUGGGAUGAGACUUACAAUGAAAGGGACCUUUUCACAACUCCUGUGUUUUGCCCGUGCAGGCGUCUUUCCGCAGCUUCUAGCACCUCGGCAUGUGCAGGAAGGUGACAGAGCUGGCACCUGACUUGCCAGUGGUUGGGGUUGGAGGUUGUCCUUCAGUGUCAGUGUUUUAAACAACAUUCAUUUAAAAGGAAAUCCACUGAUUUCUUCAUUUCAAAAUUUGCUUUUGAAAAUCCAAAGAUGUUUUCCAAGUGAACUGGAAAGCUAAAUUUUUCCUUACUGUUGUUUGCUAGAGAUGAGCGAGAGGAGAAACAGGAAGUGAAACAAGGGUGAGAGGAGGAGAACAAGACAGAAAAUGACAUUUUUGGAAGCAAAUGCUAUUAGUUUUGGCAAACUAACUGGUUAUGAGCAUCUUAGUUGAGCUUUUCCCUUUGCGUUGGCAUCGCUAAUGGUGAUGGUUUAGUGGCUACCUCAGUUAAAAGUCAUUAAGGUAUUACUGAGUAAGCGUGGGAUAUUCAUAAACUAUUAGGUAUAUUUACAAAGCAAGACAGUAGUUUAGGAUGUCAAGUAAGACAGAAUUUUGCAGUUUUGUGCUAAGCAUUGUUUUGGUUUUGGUUUUUUUUCCCCCAAGAGAUCCAGCUGAGAGCAAACUCCAAAAAAGUAUUUUUAACUGAGUAAACUUAACACCCCCUUUUCUCCUGGAGUUUAACUUGUGGGUCUGCUUAGAGAA